AUGCUCGGCGUGCUGACCCUAGCACUGCUGCUGACCCCGCCCUCUGCUGACGGUCUCAACUUCGAGCACGUGCUGCGUCCGCCGGCCAGCACGCCGGCGCCCGGUCCCUAUUACGACGAGUACUUCUCGGGCAACGUCACCGUCCUGCUGGGCAGCGCCGCCAGCCUCAACUGCCGGGUGAAGCAGGUCGCCAACGCCACGGUGUCAUGGAUGCGCGCGGCCGAUGUACCGACGCUGCUGUCGGUGGGGAGCUACACCUACACUAUGGACAAUCGGUUCCGGGUGGAGCACAACCGGCACACCUCGGACUGGACCCUGAAACUCGAGCGGACCACUCACAACGACUCGGGCGUGUACGACUGCCAGAUCGGCACGACGCCGCCGCUCACCAGGCACAUCUUUCUCACCGUGGUCGAGCCGGACACGGAGAUCCUGGGCGGUCCGGAGAUCUUCAUCGACCAGCAGAGCACCAUCAACCUGACUUGCGUGAUCGAGCACGCGCCCCAGCCGCCGGACUUCAUACUCUGGGAGCACGACAAAAAGACGAUCAACUACGACUCGGAGCGGGGUGGUGUUAGCGUGGUGACCACCAAGGGCCGCACGACGGUCUCGCAGCUGCUGAUUCGCGCCGCUCGGCCGCCCGACAGCGGGCGCUACACGUGCCGGCCGGCCAGCUCCAAGCCAGCCUCCGUGCGCGUGCACGUCCUCAAAGGCGGUCAGCGGCCCGAGGCGAUGCACACGGGCGGGUCAUGUGACGGCCGGCCCGGCCGGCCAGCCUGGCUCCUGUCUCCGCUGCUGCUGCUGCUGCUGCUGCUGGUGACCCGCCUGCUGGUCACGUGCCGGUAGUGCUGCCGCUGGAGUCGCAGCGCCGCGCCCCCGACAAACGCCGGCCUUUCGUCACAUCACAGUGACCUGGCGAUGACCCGGCGGGCACACUGGGACCACCUGGUGAUGAACCGGCGGACAUGCAGUGACCUGGCGAUGACGCUGCGGUGAGGCGGUGACUCGAUGAUGGCCCGGCGGUCAUGCAGUGCCCCUGUGAUGACUCGACGGUCGUUCCGUGGUUUGAUGAUGACCCGAGGAGCUCUGUACAGUGGCGAAGGCACGGUGAUCGAACACUACAAUCACUGUUCACACUACAAAGUGACGCUGCAGCACUCGGCUGUGACCUGGUGAUGCCCGCGCGCCCCGUGAGACGAAACUACCGCGGUCAACGCGAUGCAACGACCGCCAUGCUUUGACCGAGAGCGUCGCCGGUGGGCGCCGCGUGACCUCACAUUGACCUGGACACGGCCGGUGGGCGGCGGCGACUCUGGCACCCAAUCGUCGGGCCGCGCCCCAGUCACAGCCUUGACCCCAGGAUAGCCCCUCUGUCGAGAGGGCGGACACCGCAGACUGCAGUUACCUCCGGCCCCGCGCCCGGCUCCCAGACGCCGGGACAGGCGUGCCGUGCGGCCGGGCA